AGUAGAGUAGGUAAUGGCAGGGGCGGACUGACCAUUUGGAAACCCAGGCACUGCCCGAGGACCCGGGGCCAGUAGGGGGCCCCAUGAGAUGCCCCUGCUACCUUUUUCAUAGGCUUUUUUGAGUUUGGGCAAGGACACAGGUGCCCCAUGAUCUCCUAUUGCCCGGGGGCCCCAUGAGUUGUCAGUCGCCCCUGGAUGAGCAACACAUGCCCGCUACUCUUCAUCCCUCCUUUAUAGACAUAAACAUGAAUGCACACCAGCCAGCCCUUCCAACCAGCUAUUGUCUGCCUGCAUUGCAUAGAGGA